CACCCGCACACCCACCCUCCGGCCCGGGCUUCCUGUCCCCUCUCUUCAUUGCGCGUCCGCCUUGGCUAGGCUCCGGAGGUGGCGUUGGUGUCGCCAGUUCUGCGCUACACGCCCCUGAGGGGGAAGCCACGCCCCUCCGUUCUCACCUGCCCUGGCAGCGCGCGCUCGAGAACAAGAAGCUCCGCCUUCUUACAUAUCACGUGGUAUGACCGUGGCUAGAGUUGUUGUCUUGUAUUCCGGAAGGGCUUGGAAUAAGAAACUACUUCCAGGUUGUAAUUUGAAGUGAUGUUGCUGAGGAUUUUACUCGGAGGGGCUCGGCUUGUGUUAGUCCCUCGUGGAAGAGGAGUCUCCCCUAGACAGCAAUGUCUUCAGUGGUGCCGACUCCCACAAGCACGGACACAGCACAGUGCAGUGUCAGAAGUGGCUUCCCACCCCAAAUUGGCAGUACCACCCAUCCCCAAUGCUGUGAGAGAUCGGACCGUAGGCUGCUGGCUGCUAAUCUGCAGUGGGACUGUGGCUGGAGCUGUGGUGCUGGGUGGAAUCACUAGGCUGACUGAGUCUGGGCUUUCCAUGGUUGACUGGCACCUGGUACGGGAGAUGAAGCCUCCACAGACACAGCAGGAGUGGGAGGCAGAAUUCCAAAAGUACCAGCAAUUUCCGGAAUUUAAAAUCCUGAAUCAUGACAUGACACUAACAGAGUUCAAAUUCAUCUGGUACAUGGAAUAUUCUCAUCGUAUGUGGGGACGGCUGGUGGGGUUGGCUUACAUCAUCCCAGCAGCCUACUUCUGGAGGAAAGGCUACUUGAACCGAUCCCUGAAAAGUCGUGUCCUUGCUCUCUGUGGGCUAGUCUGCUUCCAGGGUCUGUUGGGCUGGUACAUGGUAAAAAGUGGACUAGAGGAAAAGACAGACAGUCAUGAUAUCCCUCGGGUCAGUCAAUAUCGUCUAGCCGCACACCUGGGCUCUGCACUUGUUCUUUACUGCGCCAGCCUUUGGACUGGGCUCUCAUUGCUGUUACCACAACACAAGUUACCUGAAACCCACCAACUUCUACGCUUGAGACGGUUCACUUAUGGAACAGCAGGCCUUGUUUUCCUCACUGCCAUCUCAGGGGCAUUUGUGGCAGGAUUGGAUGCGGGCCUUGUAUAUAAUUCCUUCCCCAAGAUGGGGGAGCGCUGGAUCCCUGAUGAUCUCCUUGCCUUUUCCCCACGGCUGAAGAAUUUUUUUGAGAAUCCCACAACUGUGCAGUUUGAUCACAGAAUACUGGGGAUCUCAUCCAUCACAGCUAUCACAGGUCUAUACCUGCUUUCCAGGAAGAUCCCUCUCCCACAAAGGACUAGGAUGGCAAUGGUUUCCUUACUGGCUGUGGCAUACCUGCAGGUUGGCCUGGGUAUCAGCACACUACUCCUAUAUGUCCCAACUCCUUUAGCAGCUACUCAUCAGUCAGGGUCUUUGAUUCUGCUCAGCGUUGCUCUGUGGCUUAUUCAUGAACUUAGAAGGAUCCCUAAAUAGCUCCACUCUCCCAGCCAGACCAUUUCUUUGGGACUAAGGCCCAGGGAUGCUGUUCUCAUAAUAUGUGCUGUUUGGGCCUCUUCCUGGAGCCCUUGUUGGGUCAGAAAAGAAGAGUUCAGAGCAGAAACUUUACUUCACAAUCUGUUGCAAAAAGUGCUUCACAUGAACCUUCCGGCUGUACCUGUGGUUUGGUCAGGAUGCAGGUGAAAAAAAUGCUUCUGCAUAUUGAAGGGUGGUCUCUACGGUGCCUCAGUCCCUGCUGCGCUGUUUGGUUGAGGCUGCAGCCAAGAGCUAAUCUCUGUGGUAUUUCUUUCCAGAAUUCUAUAGGGGAAUGAGUGAGUACUGAGUACAGCUGAGAUUACAGUAUGUGGAUGGUGGGGUGAGCAUGGUAUAGAGACCAUAGCCAUGCCUGUACUUAUGAUUGUUGUCAGCAGGAGUCUCUAACUGGUAUCCUUGAGUGGAAGUUUUUGAAAAAAAUGUUAGAAAUUUCAAGUGAAUAAUGUAAUGUCCUAUGUAACCCUUUUGAACAAUAAACGUUUUCUUAAUAAAAA